AUGGCUGCACAUUUGAUUACGGACAAACGCCUUUUGACUCACUAUUGCAAUAAGCUGGACACUAUCAUCUCAAGAUUCAAGGGCGAGGAACUUGAGACCCUUAACGUAGCCGCAGCGCAAGGAGAAUCAGCUUCUCAAUACACAAGGGAAAGUCUCCAGCGACUCAGCGAAGCAAUAGGAGCUUUAGAUACAGUGACGCACAACAUCAAACAAACAAUGACGGAGUACGCUACCAAAUUCACGGAGCUGGACUACCCGACCGAAAAGGACAAACAAGACUUUGAGGAAUAUUCAGCAAAAGCGGAAAAAGCGCUCAUUUCGGCCACGGAUUACUUACUGGUGCUGAAGGCAAGGGUUCACGCUUUCAUUGUGGUAAAAGCAGAGCCAGAGCACAACCAACACAGUGGAUCAGUCCAGGUACCAACGCCAUCACAGCCUCCGCAUGAAAGAGGUGACAUUAUGGCAGACAAAGGAGCACCAACGAAGACAAGUCCACCGGUGAGCGAAGGGAAAAAACCCAAAGCCCGAGACACGGAGCGACACCUAAAGCACACAGAAACAAGAAAAGUAAACGCCCUCCAGGAAGACAACUCCAAGACAGAAGCGGUGUCUGCACUGGAAUUGCAACCAGUACACAAAGGUCCGGAAUUUCUCCAAAAGCCACAGCAGCAAUGGUCACAAAGCGAUUGGCUCGUCACAAUGGAAAGCACCGUCAGGGACGGAGAGGAAGUCUCAGUGAAGGAAAAACAAGUUCUUGCAACUAGAACUGCCGAAGAGUGCCAAAGCGAGGGAGACACGGCAGUACUGUCAUUGCUGCAGCGACGCACAUGGCAGCAAACAAGGCGCAUUGUAGCCUGGAUCCUUCGCUUCGUCAGGAACGUUGUAGGACAGGCAAAUACCAACAACCAGUCACCCAUAUUAUUAUCUACGCUACUUUCCGUACCGAGGAACGCCGUGGGAACAAGGCUAAACGGAAAGGAGAUACUCAUCGCAGGAAAGCUGCUCAUAAGGCUUCAUCAACAGCAAAUAACCUCAAAAGUCAUCAACUCCAUGCAACGGCUGAAUAUCAAGAAAGAUGCCGAAGGCCUUUUCCGAUGUUAUGGACGAUUGGGAAACAGCGACCUAGAUGAUGACGCCAAAAUUCCGUUGAUCAUCCUACAAAACUCGAUGUUGGCGGAAAGAAUCAUCGACGACUGCCACGGCAGAGGACAUCUAUCCUUCACAGACUUUGAUGCAAUACAAGGAGUGACACGCAUAUUUACGGCAAUCAUGGUUCCCAAUGUACCCAUCAUCUGGAACGCGUUCACUCUCACACUAACCUCGGUAACCAUCCCACCAAUUCCGCUGCUAAACACGGCCUUCAUCACCGAUGGGAAUAACACGGCACUUUGGAAUUCCGUGAUGAAACCACCUCUUUGGUGCACCAACAAAACUGCAGCAGAACAACUGGACUGCACGGUUAUAGACAACUGCCAAUGUGCACCAGCGGAAGUCCAAGCUAACUGCAAAUGCCGAGACGUAAGCAUCUCUGAGAUGUUUGGGGACGUCGGAAAUCGUCUGCCAGCUAUAUUUCCAGCGGUUUCAUUCAAGCAAGAUGACGAAGGACAAGUAAAAGCUGAGGAGAUGGCUUCAAGACGAUCUUAUGUAGUUGGCUCAUCAGCCACCGGUACCCAUUAUGAUGAUGCCAAAGCAGUGCUCAAAUUACAACGACGUCUAUGA